CUGAAAAGAAAUGUCUGUGGAUACUAAAAUAAAAUAUUUACCAAGUUUUUAUUUUUAAUUGGCGAUUCAGCAAUCUGGAACGUUUUUAACAAGGUAACACUUGAUUAUUGGUCUUCUGGUAAGGCUGACAUAGGCCUCGUGAGGUGGCUGUUGCGUGGAGCUGCAGCUAUGGACAUUGAGGCGACGCAUCAUCCUUUCUGCCCAGCAAGCUCACCAUGCUGAACAAUGUCUUUGACGUGUCGUACGUGAUUCUGGAGCUGCUGAUUGCCCUGCUCUCGGUCCUGGGCAACGUGUUGGUCUGCUGGGCAGUGGGCCUCAACAGCAACCUCCAGAGCAUCACCAACUUCUUUGUUGUUUCGCUGGCCGUGGCGGACAUCGCAGUGGGUGUGCUGGCCAUUCCCUUCUCCAUCGUGAUUAGCACUGGUUUCUGUGCCAAUUUCUACGGUUGUCUGUUCAUCGCCUGCUUCGUCCUAGUGCUGACCCAGAGCUCCAUAUUUAGUCUUCUAGCCAUUGCCAUUGACCGCUACAUUGCUAUCAAGAUCCCGCUAAGAUACAACAGCCUAGUAACUGGGCAGCGUGCCAGAUGCAUCAUAGCCAUCUGCUGGGUUCUGUCGGUUAUCAUCGGUCUAACACCAAUGUUAGGCUGGCACAAAGCCCGCUCAGAAGAGGCCCUCAACAGCACCUGUCCACCCGGUAUGAUGGAGUGUUUGUUCGAGGAGGUGGUGGUCAUGGACUACAUGGUUUACUUCAAUUUCUUCGCCUGCGUGCUGCUGCCUUUGCUCCUCAUGCUGGCCAUUUACCUACGGAUCUUCAUGGCCGCACGCCACCAACUCAAAUGCAUUGAGUCCAAAGCCGUACCCUACGAGCUCAAGUCCCGCUCCACCCUGCAGAAAGAGGUCCACGCUGCAAAAUCUCUGGCGAUUAUCGUUGGCCUGUUCGCAGUUUGCUGGUUGCCGCUGCACAUCAUAAACUGUUUCACUCUGUUUUGUCCGAAGUGUGAACGGCCGCCGGUUCUUGUCAUGUACCUUGCUAUAAUUCUCUCGCACGCAAACUCAGUCGUGAACCCGUUCAUUUACGCCUACCGCAUACGUGAAUUCAGAUACACUUUUCGGAAGAUUGUACGCUAUCACAUUUUGGGUAGACAAGAGCCUCUUUCUUGCAACGGAAGCACCCGUACCUCAACCCGAACGAGGGUGGCAGAUUCGCUCCGGAUUAAAGUCAACGGCCUGGUGCGAGACCUCUACACCGAACAGAGCAGCACCACCAGCAGCUGUGAAAGUGCUGAACCUGGCCACACACACAGACCUGUUAUGACGGAAAACUCUGUAUUAGAUAACCAGCCUAUGGAACUCACUAAUUCUCACAGACAUCUGGGACUGAGGCAUCCAGAGUCGCUGCUCACUGGGAAUAAUGAAGGCGUUGCAUGCAAGAAGCAUACCGUACUUGACAUUACGAAUGGGAAGGAUCCAUCCUCGCUGCUUUAUGUUGAAAUCACCUCACCAACAAAAAACACCACACUAGACUGUGGACUUGAUGGACAGGAUGGGAGACCUGGUGAACUUGGCAGAGAGAGCACAGAGCACCGACCUCGUCAGCAGUUUGCUAAAGGAGAGAGAGCUAUAUUCCAUUACAUGCAUCACAUGAGUUUGCCCUCACCUACUUCAAGAGGUGAAUGCAGUGAAGGUCCAAAGUAUACUGCAGUGUUUGACUUUGGGACAAGUUUCCCUGAGCUAGCAGAGAUUGUGAGAAAACUGUCAAAUCCUUCAAAGGAGAGGGACAAAAGGGGUGGGGCAUCAAAAAGAGGAGGAGUAAGUCAAAACCGCAUCAAAGCUGCUAUCACCUUUAAGAAAGCCAUCACAACACCUCAGAGCUGA